AUUGAAUUCGCCUCCUCGCGUCAAACCGUGUCGCAGAUCGGACAAGUCUUCAAAGUCAUUGAAUUCUCGCCCAACCCACCACUCUAUUUCCCUUUCUCGUCGAGGUUCUGCUUUCGCCGACAGCACGAGUGUCAGCCCUCAGAACUUCACCAUGUCUCGACAGACCCGGCAGCAGCGGCGUAUCAUGGGCCCGCAGUCGGCCUUGACCGACUUCUUAGCGUCCCACAACAUCUCUGCCAAUCAAAUCCGCCUGGACGCCGAAACAAGACGGAGAGCGGCCGAAAAUCAACAGGUUGAUGCACAUGACGGGAGCAAUACUCAAGCUUCAGCUUCAGCAGCGCCUGCGGCCGCGACACAGGCCGUCUCCGCCAGUCCUACGCCGGCCGGCCGUCCAAGACGGGCAGCAGCGGCGAAUUCGCGAGACGAGGAGGCACGCAAACGGGAGCAGAAGGCUAUUGAUAAGAUCAAGGCCAGCAAGAAGUUUCAGAAGCGUAAGCGUGGGCUGGACUCAGAAGAUGAGGAUGAUCUCGCCCGCGCGCUUUUGCAGCGCUCUGCUCCACUCCCAGGCCAGCAGGACAACUGCGAAAGCUGUGGAACACGGUUCACGGUUACCGCGUAUAGUCGAAAUGGUCCGGACGGAGGGUUGCUUUGCACCCCAUGCAGCAGAGAACUCGACAAGGAGGAGACGGCAAAGAAGAAAAAGACGAAGCGAGUCAGCGGCGGGGCAGUCGGCCGACGCCGGCAACUGCAAAGCAACAUCCUGGAUGGCACAUAUGCGCUGGGUGCCAAGAGCUUGAUGACCCUAUGCAUUGAGACUCUCGCGAAGAACAUCGAUCUUGCCGAGGACCUUGGAGACCUCCCUCCGCUAAUCAUAGACAAGAUUGCGCGGAAGCUCUCCAAACAUCGUCUCCUCGACGCAAGAACUCUCAGCUUGUUCCUGCAGCCCACGACAGAGGAGGUCCAGAUAUAUGACGGCGCCAAGCUCAGUGCUGACGACUUCAUCCGUAUCUUCCAGACAGUUCCUAGUCUUAAGAAGCUCAAGGUUCGCAAUGCGGUUCACUUCAAGGAUCAAGUCAUGGACUACCUCCUGUCGCGUCACAUCGAGUUGGAAGACCUGUACCUCCACGGCGCGAACCUGAUAUCCGAGUCAAAGUGGAAAGAAUAUCUCCAACACAAGGGCGCACCUCUCCGCUCCCUGCGCGUCUACUUUACCGACAAACACUUCGGCGAUGAAGUUCUGGCUAUCCUGCCGACCACCUGCCCCUCACUCACCCGGCUCAAAGUUAGCCACAACCAGCGAGUCACCGGGGGCGGCAUCGCUGCCCUCGGUGAUAUCAAGACCCUCCAGCACCUCAGCCUCGACCUGCGCAAUGAGUUGCACUCAGACACCUACGUCGACCUCCUCAGCAAGAUCGGCGCGAACCUUCAAACCCUGUCGCUCACGCGCGUCAACGGCGCGGACAAUACGGUCCUGAACGCGAUCCACACGCACUGCCGCUCGCUCGUCAAGCUGCGCAUCACCGAGAGUGAGGAGAUGACAGACGCCGGGUUCGUGCGGCUGUUCAAGAACUGGGCCAACCCGGGGCUGGUCUUUCUCGACCUGCAGAAGUGCCGCCAGCUCGACUCGGCGCGUCCCCGCGAGAACCCGGACGGUAUCGGUCUGUGCUCCAACGGGUUCCGCGCGCUCAUGGCGCACUCGGGCAAGACGCUCCAGGAGCUGAACGUGCACGCCUGCCGGCACAUUGAGCGCGCCGCGUUUGAGGACGUGUUCAAGCCCAACGGCGAGACGGUCUUUGAGGCUAUGUUGAAGCUGGAGAUCAGUUUUUGCGAAGAGGUGACGGAUUUUGUGGUGGGCUGCGUGUUUCGGUCUUGUCCCAACCUGAGGGAGCUGAACGUGUUUGGGUGCAUGAAGGUGAAGGAUGUGAGGGUACCGAGGGGAAAAAUUCUCGUGGGUGUGCCGAAUGCGAGGGGCAUGGUUAUCGAGGGGGAUGAUGACGAGCAGUGAGGGAGUCAAAGAACCGAAGGAGUUUAUGACGGAUACGAGGUCAACUCGUCGGGACCUUGCUUGCUGGUAUCUGCAACUGUACGUGGCUUUGCUUUUGCUCAUGGGAGGUGGUUGGAAUGAUGGACGCAACAACGAAAACGGCCUAGAUGUACGGAGUAUGCGCUUGCGAUGUCAUCAUGAUGGGUCUCGCUAUGGCAAAAUCGCGGCCCUGGCAAAACCGCGGCCCUGGCAAGUACGGAGUGUCAACGAUUUGGUGCAUUGCUAGACCUGGGCAUGCCGAAUACUGUUUGAGGUACCAGGCUCAGUUGAGUGGGGAUAAGGUUAGACUUCGCACACUCGCAAGCUCAAUGACCUGUUGGCC